AUGAGAUCUCCGGGAAAGUCGAUGUCACCUCCGAGGGAGAAAUCCUUACCUCCGACGACGGAUACUUCAAUGGCGAUAGUGACUUUCGACAAGUCCACUACUCAAUUCUCUUCUUCUCCAUCGCCUCCACACUCGCUUAAUCAUUCCAGUGAAUCUGAGGAAGACGAGAAACGUAAACCCAAGAAUCCGGUUAAAGCUGAGGAAACUCCAUCUCCGAUUGUUGUGAGCGCGCGUGUGGGUUCCGGUAGAAGAAGCAGUGGUCAACGAUCAGGAGCUGUUUUAGCUAUUUUGAGAAGGUCUAAGAGGGAAGAGGUAGUAAAGUUUUCAGCUUUAGGGUUUCGGCUAAGUGAGCUUGUUCUUGCCUUGAUUUCUUUCUCUAUCAUGGCUGCUGAUAAAACACAAGGUUGGAGUGGUGAUUCUUUCGACCGUUACAAGGAGUACAGGUUUUGUCUGUCCGUGAACGUGGUAGCUUUUGUAUAUUCUAGUUUUCAAGCAUGUGACUUAGCUUACCAUCUUGUCAAAGAGAAGCACUUGAUCAGCCACCACCUUCGACCUCUCUUUGAGUUCAUCAUGGAUCAGGCAAGUCAUUAA